AUGUCUAAAACUUUACUUAAUAUCAUCAACAAAUGGAAUACCGACAAAUUAUUAGACUUUUUGAGAAGUCAAGAAUUAAACCUCGAAGAAGAAGAUUUCUUACUUCUAAGAAAUCAAAAAAUUUCGGCUUUCACUAAUCAACCAAUUUUAGGCCAAA